CAAAAUAGCCAGCUGAUUCCGAUAAACCAAGGCAAACGUAAACAAUUAGCCAUGGCGGCGAAAGGUGCACACAUUACGCCGAACAUCGAAGUUAAACCAUCUUUGUUUGAGGUGCUGGCAGCGGACUCGUUGAAUAUUACCUUCUAUCCUGCCAUUAAACGUGUUGUUGACUUUUUAGCGACAGCGAAACCGGCUGUCUUUGGAGGUUUGGUUCGAUACUACGACGAGUUCUAUCUUGUGUUUAAUGGUCUCGUACAGGGGUACUAUUUAAAGCAGUAUGGAGGGUCGCUGGCAGAAGUGUUUUACGGUCUUACCAGACAAUCUUUACGUAGCAAAACGUUCAGCAGGAAGGAUCGGAAUUGGUCGUUUGUUGUGCUGGUCCUGGUGCCGUACGCUGUCCGCAAGCUGGAGAAAGCUUGCGCAAGGUGGAAAGAAGACUACGAAAAUGCCAAGCAUGUGCCGGCACAUCGUAAGCAAUUAUUCCGCUUACUGCCAUACCUACAGGCGUGCUAUGAAGGCGCCAAACUGAUUCAUUACGUGUCGUACUUGGCGAAUGUUACCAAAACUCAUUCGCCUUCGUUGCGUGUUCUGGAGUUAGGAUUAACGUACCUAUCUGAGGAGGAAGAAAGUUGGUCAUUUAAAGAUGUAUUGCAAGGGAAAGUGAGAGUCGCUACGAUGAUAAGUGCUGCCCUUUUGCGAUGGCUAGAAUUGUCCGCCUUCUUUCUACAGUUUAUCGAGUGGUGGCAAACGGAAGCAAAUAUUGGGGAUCUUUCGAAGCUGCCAAUUCCGGACGCUCCAGAUCAGGAUUCCAAUGCAAACAAGUACGCGAACGUGUGCCCGAUUUGUCUACAAAAGCAUAUCAUUCCAACCGCAGUUUCCGUUUCCGGAUAUGUUUAUUGUUAUCGCUGCAUUGCUACCCACCUUCAAAGAGAAAGCAGAUGCCCGAUAACUAAGUAUCCUGCUACGAUUAAUGAUUUAAUUGGAAUAUAUACGGGGGAUGAUGACUGAGAGUGCAAUUUAAUGCAUUUGACUGGCUUAUUUGUGCAUUUUUUAUUUUACCGAAAAUGGUAAGGGGUUUCAUGGAAUAGAAGAUAAUGGAAUGUAGAUAAGGGCAAAACGGUGAGCAACAAAUUUGCGCACAUGCUGUGCAUGUGUAGCAAUGGUUUAAGUUUGUUUUUUUUUAUACUGAAAUGGAAAUAAAAAUUAAAUUCUAAAAUUCUA